AUAUUAGUCACUGUGUUAGAAGCUAGCAAGCUACAUUGGAAUAAUCCUCGCGCAGCUACCUCGUACGUUCUGCUUUCAAUAGGAAAGAAAAAAUACAGAACUACAAUUAGAAGGAAUAUGCUGGAGCCCUAUUACGGAGAGAAAUGUCGACGAAACAUUUAAAUAAAUAAUAGAGCAUAAUAUUAGUGAAUUUGCGUUUGAUCAUUGAGAAGACACUGUGGGGUUAGGAAAAAAAAUUUGAAGGAAAUAAUUUAAGUUUAAGAAGAAGAAAAUACGUAUUUACCCCAAAUAAGUCAAAUUCGUAGAAAUAGUAGAGACAUGCUGAAGGUCAUGGAUGCAGUCGUCACACGUUCAUUACAGGGAGUAUUGGAGGAGACAUGAGCUGUAACUACAGUAUCGGAUGAAUUUCACUUUUGAUCUUUUCAUGAGCAUCCGUGAGAUGCAACGAACGAUUUUGUGGCUGGCCGUGAUGGAGCCUCGUUGUUGCGCUCCACCACGCUCCGUCGGAGAAGCGGGCAUCGAAUUGGCAACAAUAUGGGCAUUGCCACACCAUCGAGCUUUCCAUAAAUGGGCUCAGUUGGAUUCGCGAAAUGAUCCUUCGGAGGCAGUUGUUGGAUUUUUGAAAGUUGACAUUUCAAUAAUAUUUAGAGGAGACAGCCAGAUUUUGCCAUCUGUUGAUAAUUAUGAAAAAGUCGAAGACAAUCUCCUGUUGCCGUCAGGUUCGGAACAGCAGCGAGCUAAUUUUUCAAUUACAAUUCAUGGAGCUUUCGGUCUUCCCGCUACUACUACUACCGGUGGCGAAAAGCGAUUCGGAAAACCACCUAGUGCAUAUGUCAGGAUAUCGUUUUGCGGUAUUGGGGCAAGAACAGCAGUACAGCAACGCACACAUUGUCCAGUAUAUAAUGAACGAAUCAGCAUAGUUGAAAUGUUUCCGAACAUGUGUCAAAUCAUAUACUUUGAAGUUUAUUCAGCUGAGAGUUGCCUCAAAGUUAUAGCUAGGACGUCAUUGAAUUUGCGAUUGUUAUCCCACGACGGUGAAAAAGGGUUUUUGCCCACGUUUGGACCGUCCUUGUUGCCAAUGUACGACGAUUUAUCAACACAAACCGUGGCCACCACGAACGAUAGCCCCUUCUACCGAGGUUCCUUACUGGUUUCAUUAAAAACGACUGUACCUUAUUAUGAGAAGCCCGUGAAGAGUAAAAUUGUAGAGCCAGUGGCAAAUUUGAAGCUGGAAAACUUAUGGCCUAUUGAAGAAUUCUGUGUAAUGUGUCCAUUAUUUGAAGUAUCACUACUUGAUCGUCGAAUUGUUGGGAAGUAUUGUGGUGUUGCUAUUACCGUUGGAGACUUUUCUACAAGCAGUCCGGGAGAUCGAGAAUUUGAGACUUUGUGGAAUGAGAUUCGAUCUAGAAAACUCCACUACACAGGACCUUUAGAUGUAAUCAAAACUAGUCCAGUUUAUGGACAUUUGGAUUUUUCGAACGCAUUUCCAGUUUUACAGCUAGCCACCCGACUUCCUGACUUGAGAUCCAAUAUGUACAGAAAUAAUGUCAUUAAAGAAAUCAUCAUGGACCUGGAAUAUAGCUUAUCUCAAAUUGAAAAAAGAUAUAAAACAAUGAAAUCGUCAAAUCCACAAGAAUUUAUAUGUGAACUCAAUAACGCACUAGAUAAAUUAGUUGGAGGACUUAAACAUUUUCUAGAGACAGUGAAAGAAAGUUCUUGUGAACAUAAGACAGAGUUGGAUCAGAAACUUCUGAAGUUACAGGAGGAUGCUAUUGUAAACUUAAAUUUUAAAAUUUCCAAGAGAAUUUAUGGUGACUCAACUACUGGUAUGAUUAGAUCCACUGAGAAAAUUUAUACUUUUGGUUCUAAAAAAGAAUUCAAGGCACUGCUGGCAGAGAGCAAAUCAAUGGCAGAAAGCUUAAGAAGUUUGAUACCCAAGAUUCCAGAACCUUGGCCAGAUAUUGUGGUCUGGCUUCUGAAUGGGGGCUCGAGAGUCGCUUACAAAAAAAUAUCGCCAGCGGAUGUAAUUCAUUCUGUCGUGCCUGAAGAAGCAGGACAAAAAUGUGGAUGUAUACACACGAUAUAUUUUCAGCCCUUAAAGUGUCCGUAUCAUUGCGAUUCUACUGGAACUUGUUCGUGUAUCGUCGGUAAGCUUGAAAUGCUUAUGUGGAUGGGUCUUUUCAAACAAAUAAAAAGCUUUGAUGGGCAUCUACCUGAUGGCUACAAGAUGAAAGUAAAGAAUUAUGACAUGGGUAUAAAGACGACUUCGAUGAUGUUGGAAUGCAGAGCAUUUAUUUAUCAAGCCAAAUUCGACUGUACAGAUCGUUUUGAAAUGGACUAUACGUUUGCGAGGAUCAAUAUACUUAAUUCAACACAAGAAACGAACGUUAAAGAAAAAACGUUGUCACCAAUCUGGAAUCAAGUUUUGAGAAUCUACAAAAUGGUUUUGAUGAGCCCACAGCGGUUAAUGAAAAGUCCACCGCUGCUUCUAAUUGAAAUCUUCGAUACUGAUUUAGCUGGUAAUUUUGGUCUUAUAGGUAGAUCGGAAAUAACUCCAGCUGUAGAUGAAAGGCAGGGUUAUGAAUAUGCGCCUAAUCUUGAGUGGUUUAAGAUUCAUAAUGGAAUGGAAUGUACAGGACAGAUUUUGAUGUCGGUGCAGUUGAUUCAGGUCCCAGAGACUGUAAUGAGGACAACUAUUUACGGCUCAACAGAUGCAACGUAUUGUGCGACUGGUGUACAGGACUUGGAUCAAAACUGUGAAAAAAUGGAGAAACUUCCUACGCAUCUCAUUCCCGAAUCGAGUAGUUAUAAGGUCGAUAUCUAUUGGUGGGGCCUAAGGAACGUCACCAUCACUAAAAAGCCAUGUAUGGUGUUUGAAAUGGAAACGACCACGAUAAAAUCCGAUGUUAUUGUUAACGAAAAAUCUAUUUGUAAUUUUCCUAAUGGUAGGAUUAGUCAAAUAUUUGAAGGCAUCGUCACUAAAGAGUUCUGUCCGCCUUUAUUUUUGAAGCUUUACGAAACGAGCACUUUUGGUAGAACUGUUUUCUUGGGAAGUAAUAUGGUGCAAAAUCCUAUGAAAUACUUUGUGAAUUGGAUGUCGCAUAAUGACAGAGAGCUGUCAUUAAGGAGUGCAUCACUUUCUUCUGCGAAUCUAUAUCAAGUAAAUUCUAUCUUAAGUUCGGAGAAUCAAACAAAUUACGUGUCGAGCUGUAAAAAGAGCAUAUAUAGUAAAACGAAAAACAUAACUGUACAAACUCCAAUUAAAGUUUCGAAAUGGAAAAGGAUAUUCUGCACCAAAGAGCCCGACGAAGAAGAAUACACCUUACUUCCUAUGUUCGAUAAAUAUGAUCGUGACAACGUUAAUUUUGGAAAAAUAACUAAACGUGACGUCUGUAACUGGUGGAGCAAAUUUUUAAAAUCACAAAAGGAUAACGAUCUACCCUACACCGAGGACAGUACCAGAUUUUUCAGUGAAAUAAAGGUAUACGAUGCAGAAUUGGAGAAACAACCAGAGUUUUCAAAGUUCAAAGACUGGUGUUCCACUUUCAAACUGUACAAUGGAAAUAAAACAGGAAUUCCGGAAAAAGACGAUCAAAUAUUCUGUGGAUAUCUCAAAGCUGGUAUCGCUAUAUACAAGUGGCCACCACCCGAAAAUACUAAAUCAGUCAGUACCGGAGGCGUAGAUUUAGGGAAAGGCUAUUUUUCGAACUAUCCUUCGAAUGAAGCUGCUAAGGUUUUGGUGCGAGUGUACCUCGUUAGUGCUACGAAUUUAUCAGUCAAAAGUUUUAUUGGUCAAACUUGUACCUAUGCAACCGUUAAUUGCGGUAAAAAAGAGCUCGGAAAUAGACACAGCUCCAUUGCGAGUAGCACAAAUCCGAUUUUUGGAACGAUGUACGAAUUACGCUGUGUCUUUCCAGAGGAUUACCUCCUCACGGUGUCUGUUUAUAGCAAGGAUUCUUCUUCGUUAUCUGAUGAACUGAUAGGCUCAAGCUCCAUUGAUUUAGAAGAUCGUUUUUAUUCAAAACACAGAGCUUGUAUUGGUCUCGCCGCAGAGUAUAACCUAACCGGUCCUUUGAGGUGGCGUGAUUUUCGGAAACCUUCCGCAAUUCUUGAAGAGCUCUGUUUAAAAAAUCACAUCCCACCUCCGUUUUUCCUUGAUGCGUCUACAUUAUUCAUAAAUGGGGUUGAAUACAAAGAUAAUAGUGGAUUUGGUUCUUCAUCUGGUUCAAUAGCAGAUCGAAAAGAAAACAUAUGUCUUAGCAUACUUCACAAAUGGCAUACUCUACCAAUCAUUGGACAUCAUUUAGUUCCGGAGCAUGUAGAAACUAGGUCACUAUUUAACCCCGAAAAACUGGGAUUUGAGCAGGGAAAGAUUCAGAUGUGGGUAGAUAUUUAUCCUAUGGAAAAUGGUGUGUAUAUUCCACCGCCGGUCAACAUUGAACCUCAGAAAGUCGAAGAUUAUGCACUGAAAGCUAUUAUCCGACAAGUUAAGCUUUUUCGUUUCAAGGACCAGAAAAUUAAAGUCCCUAAAAAUAUUCAGAUUCAGUGUUGGAUAGGGAAUACGAAUCGAACUGAAAAGGGAGACAUACAGAGUUCCCAGGCAGAGUUCUAUCUUAAUUGGCAAAUAAUGUUUCCAAUUCAUUACCAUCCGUCUUUGGCCAAGUUGGUUAACAAAGAGAGAGACCCGUUUACUGAGUUUGAAGAAUAUUCAUUGCCCAUUUUUGAAAUUCGUAUCUUAGAAGAGGACAUUGAAAAUGAAAACAACGUAAUAGCUUCGUUGUCAUUAAAUUUGAAUAAUAUGCCACAAGGAGCAUUAUCAGCUCAGUCACUUAGUAAAGCUUCGGAAGGAUCCAGAAGGGUACAUCUGUUUUCAUCAAGAUCUGUUAGAGGCUGGUGGCCUUUGACGUCAACUGAUGAGACUCCCGAAAACGGAACAAAUGUCGGCAUUAUAAACAUGGAAUUGAAUUUGUCGCCACUGGAAACGGCCGUUGUGAUGUCCGUCAUGCAAGAGCCUUUGUCUCCACAACAACCAAGGCACCAAGAACGAAACGAUAAUUCAAAUAUUAUUUCGAAUCUCGAAGCAUUCUUUCGCACCGGCAAGAUAGAAUAUGUGGUUGUCGGCGUUAUAAUUUUAUUCACUUUCAUACUGAUUGUGUUUUAUUUCGAUUUGGCUAGAAAUUUUCACAUAUUUUUCUUUGAUUGAGCUUCUUAGUCCCUUAAAAGCGUAAUGGGGAAUUCCACUGAAUUUUCAUAUUUAGUAAUAUUAGCUAUUAAGUUUUCUAUGCAGUGUUAUAUGUGUUGGCGUUUUCUUUGUGGCCAUUUAUACCGCUCUGAUUUAGUUAAACAAGAAAGCCAAUUUUUAGUGAUCUAUCAAUCCAAUCAUUAUUUUUAUUUUAAUCCAAUAUAGAGUUAAUAUUAUAUUAACAAA